AGAGGAGGAGAGGCAAGGGGGUUCCAUUCGGGAAGGAAAGACUCAUAGAGGAGACACCGAGGUCCAUGCCCAGCUCUGAGGUCAGCCUGGCAGCCAUGGGUGAAGAUACGCCGACCCUGCCACCGCCUUACACCCCGGCGCCCCCCAACCCCAGGGAACCCCUGGAUUGUUGGGCUUGUGCCGUCCUCAUCACCGGCCACAACUUGCUAGUUGGCGCUGCCAACCUGGGCAUUUUCAUCGUCAUGUGCGGAGGAGCCCUCCUACCAUCUGCUGUCAUGCUGCUCUAUGGAUUCCUGUGCCACCCAAAGUUCCGCCAAGCGAAGGAGACCCUCUGCCCCGCCAUCUUGACCCCGGCAGCCUGUGUGACACUGCUGGUCUUUGGACUGGCCUUGCUCCUGCCCUUCCUGAUCCUGGGCCUGGCUGGCUACGCUCGCAUCGUCCGCGGCUUCCAUCUUGGAUCCUGCUUCCUGCCCUACAGCCGGGCCAUGUAUGAAGGAGGCAGGGUCCAGAGAACCCCAACCAAGGAGAGCCCCAAACAGAGCAAGGCCUGGGUGUGAAAUGGGGACAUCUGGUCAUCCUACGGACUGUGUGAUGUCACAGUGACCACGCUGCUUCCUAAAACUAUGCCAGUCUUGGACCUGCUGAUUUCAUUGUGAUGUCACUACUGCAAGUGCUAUACUGCAUCAUCCCUGAAGAACUAUCCAAAAACUUAGAAAGGCCUGAGACCUUACAAUGUACCAGACUAUUACCAAAGAACACAAUGGCCUUGUGUUAAUUCUCAGCUGCUUUGGAAGUAUAAUAGCCAGCAUUUCCAUGACUCAAAACAUGCUACUGUCUAUAUACCCAGAUCUUCCCAUAACACGGAACUGUCUAUAUACCCAGAUCUUCCCAUGACCCAUAACACGGAACUGUCCAU